UAACGGCACUCUUUUGUUUGGGCUCAGCGCUCCUCAGCUGUUUGGCUGUGUGGGCAUGUAAAAAUGAGGCGAGCUUGUCUGUUGAGGUGCAGGUGGUAAUGUAAUUUUGUAUUUUGGCAGUAAGGGUCGUUUCAUCUGCCUUGAAUUCCCCUGAACUCAUCUUUGUUAGCGGACUGCACGCGUGUUUACCAUGAAAAUGCACUUUGAAGGAUCCAGCAAUGUCACGCUGUUGUUUGACUUCUGGGAUGUGCGUGGACCUGCAGGGAUGGUAUUGUCGGUCCUUGUAGUUCUAAUGCUCACUGUGAUCUACGAACUUCUGAAAGUGUGGAAGGUCACUAUUGCAAAACAGAAGCAAUUCUCCAUUGCACAUCCAUGUGCUCCAGUGUCAUCCUCACCUGAACCAUCCUGUUGCACCCCUGUCUUGAAUUGUCAAGAGGAAAGCUCUUCUCUGACCAACAGCCCCUCUGAGAUCUCAUUAGCUCCCACCGAGAAUACCACCACCACUGCUGACACCACCGCCACUGUUAAGAAGAGCUGGCUUCUACACUGCCUCCAGACCACCGUACACAUCCUGCACGUGACCCUAGGCUACAUGCUCAUGCUCUGCGUCAUGUCCUACAACGUUUGGAUCUUCAUGGGGGUCGUCGUGGGAUCCGUCCUGGGAUACUACGUGGGAUGGCUUUUUAUCUAUUGAAUAACAUUUGAGAAGAGAUGAGAGAACAAAAACACAAGGAGGCACUCGAAAUGUUUGUGUGAAUCGACUGUGGACUCUAGAUCAAGAGCAAUACGACACAUUUUAGAUUGUAUGAUGCCAGGUUCGCACCUUUCAAUGAUAAAACGUGCAAACAGGGAUGAUUCUCAUUUUUAAUGGGUUUUAAGGUUGUAUCUUAAAGAUGAUGCACAAGAUCUUAUUUAACUGAAGUUUGGCAUAAUCGAUUGUAAAAUUGACUCUUUAAAGUGUUUAGAGGUUCGACUGUAAACCUUAUUGGGAACACAAUGUGUUAUGUGAAGAAUGUAAGAAACAUUAUUAUUACAUUAAAUGCAUGUGAUUUUACCUUUGAGGUUGUACUAUGUGAAACAGUCAGCGCUGUACUAAAUAGAGAUGUGGCUCAUUAAUCGGUUUUAUACUUUUUACAACUACUGAUUUAAUUAAGCUCAUUUUCUGUUACACAAAUGAAUGUUUAAAUUCUCUUCUCUGAGAUUUGCUUUAAUGUAGCUGGUGGUUUUCUGUUAUUUUAGGAAAUCACGCUAGUUUUAAACCUUGUGAUCAUUAUGGGUUGUAGUAAA